UGUGUGCGACCGAUAUGUCAUGGCGGUGAAUCAGGUUGAGUGGUAGACAAAGAAUGGUGAAUUUAAUGCUUAAUUUUUAUACUUAACACGGGUAGGCACUUACGUUUUGUUUGUACCGAAUGUUUCAUAAAUAUUAUCAGUAUUGUGUUUUAUACGAUUUUUUUCAUCAAAGGGUUUAGCACUUCUGUGAUUUUGAAUAUUUUAUAUAGACCUAUAAAAAUACAUGAAAAUGUCUGAUGAUGAAGAUAAACCACCUGCACCCCCAGUUAGAUUGACUAGCAAUCGGGGUGAUUCUGCUCCGAAUCUACCUGUAGACAUGCGGCCACUACCGAAAGAACCGGAUGCAGAUGAGAGAAAAAAGAAGACAACGAAAAACAAAACAAGAACGAAAAGAGAAACGGAAAAACCUAACAUUUCGUACCCCACUAAUUUUGAACACACUGUUCAUGUCGGAUUUGAUGCAGUGACUGGAGAAUUCACGGGCAUGCCGGAAGCGUGGGCCCGGCUCCUCAUGAGCUCUAAUAUCAGCAAGCAGGAGCAGAAGAAGAACCCUCAGGCAGUACUAGAUGUCCUCAACUGGUUUGAUCACUCUAGUAAAGAAGUCAAGGGGUCCAAGUACAUGACAUUGACAACUACUAAGAUGGUUGCAACAGUGGACUUGUGCCCCAGCUUGCGACAUACUCCCCAUCAUUCUGAUUCUUCUCAUAGUCAGCAUAGCUUGAGUCAGCCGUCAAGCAGUUCCCCAUCCUCUACAACCCCCGACACGGAGGGACAUCUGCCCCCCACUCCUGCCACCUCCGAGCAGGAGGACGAGCCCCCUCCUCCACCUGUCGCCACCCGUCCAGAGCGGACCAAGAGUAUUUAUACCAAACCAAUAGAAGAAGUAACACCAACACCUACGCCUCCUGUUGUGUCAAUAAGAGCGACAAAUGGAACAACAAUAUCGCCUACAGCCACAACUGUGCUGGACAAAAACAAGAACCACAACACCACCAAUACCAACACGACAACUACAACUAACACCAACACAAGUAGUACCACGGCACGAAAGAAGAAAUUGAGUGAUGACGAGAUACUAGAGAAACUAAGAACAAUUGUUAGCGUAGGUGACCCUAACCGCAAAUAUGCUAAGAUGGAAAAGAUCGGUCAAGGAGCGUCUGGCACAGUGUACACUGCUAUAGAAGCAUCUACAGGUAUGGAGGUGGCGAUAAAACAGAUGAACCUCUCUCAGCAGCCCAAGAAGGAACUCAUUAUCAAUGAGAUUUUAGUUAUGAGAGAAAACAAGCACCAUAAUGUUGUCAACUACCUUGACAGCUAUCUGGUCGGAGAGGAAUUGUGGGUGGUAAUGGAGUACCUGCCCGGAGGCUCUCUAACUGAUGUUGUGACGGAGACUUGUAUGGACGAGGGUCAGAUAGCGUCAGUCUGCCGUGAGGUGUUGCAGGCUCUAGAGUUUCUCCAUUGUAACCAGGUCAUCCACAGGGACAUCAAAUCUGACAACAUUCUUCUCGGAUUGGAUGGAAGUGUCAAAUUAACGGAUUUUGGAUUUUGUGCUCAGAUUUCACCAGAGCAAUCCAAAAGAACAACCAUGGUUGGUACUCCAUACUGGAUGGCCCCUGAAGUAGUGACCAGGAAACAAUACGGACCUAAAGUGGAUAUCUGGUCAUUGGGUAUCAUGGCUAUUGAAAUGAUUGAAGGAGAACCACCAUAUCUUAAUGAAAACCCUCUUCGAGCGUUAUAUUUAAUUGCUACUAAUGGUAAACCAGAGAUAAAGGAAAAAGAAAAGUUAUCACAGAUCUUCCAGGAUUUCUUAGAUCAGUGCCUAGAGGUUGAAGUAGAGAUUAGGGCUUCAGCUUCUGAAUUGCUUAAGCACCCGUUCCUGAAGCUGGCACGGCCGCUAGCCAGUCUCACCCCCCUGAUCAUGGCUGCCAAGGAGGCUGCUAAGAGCCACUGACGGGACGGGACCUCUCGCCCCGCUCACGUCCCCUCUUGAAUACGUCUUGUAUGUGAUUACGUUUCUCGUAGACUGAUAUGCGCGAUAUAUAAUUACAUUUUUAAGUUCUCAAGUUGCCCUUUAGGCCUAUAUUCUAGUCUGAUAAUUAAUUUUAAAGAGAUUAUUUUUAAACUCUAUGCAAUAUCCAAAUAAUUAUAACACAAUACAGCACUGUCAAUAGUCUGUUGGCAAAAGCUAAUUUUAUGAUUAAUCUUAAUAAAAACGUGAUAUCUGACGCAUUAUGGUGUAAAAAUUGUUAGGAUGUACAGCAAUACAAGGUGACAUUGUUAAAGUAAUGUCUCGCUUUGGUACUUAAAAUAGUUUUUACUCUGAAUAAUUAUCUAUUUAUAACAGCUCUUGAUUAAAAGAACAAAUUAAAAUUAUUACUGGUGCUUAAGUCAAAACAUGUGAAUGUUCCAGAAUUACUGACAACUUUUGUGAUUGUGAUUUUUGUAGAACGAUUAGAAAUAAAAUUUUCAGGUGAUACCACUGUGACAUAUUUUGUGGUUGGUGUAAAAUAAUAUAUAGUUAAAUUAUGGAUGAGAAGGUGACAAUACUUUUUUUAAACUGGACCAAAACAUUUUUUGUAAAGGAUAUGUUGUGGUGGUAUUAUGGUGAAAUGUUAGCAUUUGCUUCUUGUAGUGAGAUCCGUCCUCCAACCAUUUAAUAUUAUUCUAUGAUAUUGAAACACGUCUUCUGUCUUCAUGUAAUUAUUUUUUGUAUGUAUUUUCUACUUAGUUUAAUCAAGCAUUAAAAAGUCAUACUUUAAAACUUCACUUAUUUUAAAGAAACACUUGUUUAAUAAAACUUUAGCAUAAUAUAAAAAAAACAACAAAAAUAUAGUUUUAAUAAAUGAUAGUGGUUUGCGAAUAAUAAAAUGCAAGAAGGAUCAAUUAAAUUAAUUUGAAAAGAUAAAAAUAUAUCUAAUUCCUCAGUCUUUGGAAUACAAAUAUAUCAAUUAAUGUGAUCAGUGAUAAAUUUUGUUUACCUUGACCAAAUGUAUAUUUUUAUCUUGAUAUUGUUUUUAGUAUUAGUACACUAAUUAUUAUAAAUGCACUAGAUGUUAAUAAUUAAUUACGUUUAGCUACACAUAUCCUUUACAUUGUAUUAACCAACACCUUUCUCCAGAGUUCAGUCAAAGACAAUUGGUAAAAAAAUAAGUAAAUAUAAAUUGUAAUAACUUUGAAAUUGCCUUAUAUUCGCUGACCACUACAACUAAGUGACAAAAUGUGUUAAUGCAGUAAUGGACUUUUUAGGAAAUUUGUUAAGCUUUACUAUACUACAUCUCAAUAACUAUUUUAAAUGUAAUCAGAAUUUUUUUUAAAGCGUUGAAAUCUAUUUGCUAUUUGCUAACUACUGUGUUUAAAACAUUGUAAUCAAACUAAUAUAAUAUGUUUAAAAGAAAACUUAUUACUUCUAAACCAGUCUCAACAACAUAUGUACUAUUAUACAAAUUAAACACUUAAAACUAUGUGUAAUUUCUUGUUAUAUCAGACUUGAUGUGAUUCUAGAAAGGUUUCUAAGACUUGUUAUUUUGUUCUUUUAAUUCUUUGUACGCUCCAAAGAAAUCAAUCUCUAAAACGAUAAUUUAAAAACAUAUUAAUAUUUAAAUUGAUCAAAAUUAAUUUUACAAACGUUUGUUUUGUAUCCAAAUCAAACAUUUAUAAAUAAUUCAAUAAAAAUACAAGUCAAAUAUAACUUUAUAAAAUUACAAAUGAAGACACACUUCUUAAGGAGAUUAGCUCGCACAACAGUCAAUAAUAGCUGAGUAUCAGUUUAAAACAAACUAAGCAUGUGCACAGCAACUGAUUGUUACAAAUGAGUAUAUUCCCUUACAGCAACAGUUGAGCCAUUGUGUGCUUCUGGACUGACAAAACAAACAAAAGCUUUAGUUGUGACUGCUGCAGGAUGUUACGAGAGCUACACUUCACUUUGCAUCACACUAAAACACCAAAGAAGCUCUCUCACAUAUGCUAACGACUUUUUAAGAACUAAAAUUAAUAAUGCACUGUUCUGAGGUACUUAGAUGUAUUCUUCUUAAAGCGUACAAUGGGUUAAAAUUAUAUAACAACUUUAUCAACCUAGUUUGUUAUGAAGUAUAAAUAUUACAGUUUUUGUGGGUCUGACUUAUAUUAUUGGUCAUGUUAAAUAUCAAUAGCAAGUGUUGAACACUAAAUAAAACUAAUAAUAUUUUAUAUAUUGUUGUUUAAAAGGCAAUAAUUCUGAAACUUAUUCUGAUAAUCCUGUGAUGAUGAUAGAAUGAUAUUUUUCAAUUGGAAAAUUGAGUAGUGGUUGGUAAUGGCUAAUACUCAGAGGCAUAAUAAUAGAUAUGAUCAGUAGUUACCUUUGAUUUUUUUUCUUAUCAAUUGAAAUAAAAUAUGAAAAUUUGAAAAAGUGGAUAUGAAUAAGUAUUACUUGAUCAAAUAAUUCUUAAUUCCAUUGUAAAUGGUAGGUUAACACAUAAAAAAUGAAUUUCAAGAAAUUAACAAUCAAUACACAGCAUCUUGGCAAAACUUAAGAUAAGAAUAUGUUUAUCCCUUCCCUGAGCAUUCCUUUUUUAUUCUAAUAAUACCUGAGUUGGAAUUAUGCUGGCAAAUAAAUUUAUAAUAAAACAUUGUGAUACAAACUGUAAGGAAUUAACUCACAUACGAGUCACUUAAAAUCAAGCACAAUACUUUUAUUCAACAUUUUGUAAAUAUGUUUAGUUUUUAUUUUUAUUGAAUAGUUUCUUUUUGGUUUUGACUGUGCAGUGUGCCUAUUUUGUGUAUGAAUGUUGACCGACGCAGUAUUUGUCGAAUCGUGCAUAUUUAGACAAAAAUAGAAAUUUAUGCUAUGUAACACUUAAUAUAUUAUGCAGAUAUCAUAAAUCGUAUCCCACAUUUGUUAGUGUUUCUAAUAGGUUGUUGAAUGAUGUGAAUAACAAGGUUAGGUUACAUUUUGUUACUUUUAUUCAAUUUAUGUUUGUUAUAAACCAUAUUUUAUAUUUUUACAAAUAAGCUAUAUGUUUGUCAGUACAUACAAAAUAAUGUAUCUGAAUAAACUAUAACAUUUGACAUUUAGAUUAAGAUUUCACCAAUUCAGUUUUAGUGGCUUUUAAGCAAUUAAAUUUGCCUGAAUGCAUUUACUGUUAUAUAGUUAUCUUCAUUUUAUAUUUUGUAUAUUUUAAACAACAUAUAUAUUACAAGUUAUGUAGAUUACUGUAUUUUUAAAGUUUGUAUGUGAUUAUUUAGAGGAUUUUAUUUGAUAACUAACAAUCAUUAAGUUUAUUUUUCAUUGAGAUAUUUAAUUUUCUAUUCAACUGAAAGUAGUACUGUAUUUGUUUAUCUACGUUAAAAUGUUUUGUGAAGCUGAAUUGCAAUGUGCAUGAGUGUUGCUCACACGUUUUAGUUCGAUAAUGGGAGUGCACAUACCUUGUAUAGCUAGUAUGUACGAAGAGAUGUAUAGCUUGACUCUUGUGUGGCUACCACAGUCAAGAGGUUUGUACAGUGUAUAUGCUAUAUCAUGUCAAUGUAUAUAUUUGUAAGGACUCAGUAUUUUGCAUUUUCCUCUUGAAUAAAGCAGUGCCUGUCAUUAUG